AUGGGACUAUCAGGCCAUGCAUCAGGCGCAGCGGUCGUGGCAAUCGCCUUGACGUUCACGAUACUUGCGCUCAUAACUUUUGUGGGGCGCAUGUACGCACGGCUGGUGAUCGGGAGGAGUGCUGGGCUUGAUGAUUUGUUUAUUGCUUUUGCGAUGUUGUUCUCGAUUGCGACUACAGUGACGAUGGUGUUGCAGGUCAAAUACGGUAUGGGAACACAUCAGGAUAGUAUAUCGCCGGCGGAGUUUAUGAUGCAGUUGAAAGCUUUCUACGUCGCCAUCUGGGUCUACAAUCUCAGCCUCUCAUGCACGAAGAUCAGCAUCCUCCUCCAAUACCUCCGGAUCUUCCCCCAACGGAUUUUCAGGAUAUGCGCUUAUACGCUCCUCGGGAUCGUGGUGGUGUACUCCCUUUAUACAUUCUUCACGGCGGUAUUCCUUUGUUCACCGAUACGAUAUUUUUGGGAUAGUACUGUGGAGGGUGGGACGUGUCUUGAUCGGUUUGCGAUCUGGUUCACGAAUGCUGGUAUCAACAUCGCGACUGACAUUGCAGCCUCCCUACUCCCGGUCCCGGUGCUCAAACAACUCGAGCUCCCGUCCCGUCAGCGAAGAGCGCUGAUGAUCGUCUUCGGUCUCGCAGGCUUCGCCUGCAUAGCCGCAAUCCUCCGCCUCCCAUCUCUCUACGUAAUCUCCCGCACUACCAACAUCAGCUGGCAGAACCCCAUGGCGGCAAUAUGGUCCAACGUCGAAAUGAACAUCGCCCUAACCUGCUCCUGUCUGCCCACAAUCCGGGUCCUGUUCCCUCGCCUAUUCCGAUCGCAGGUCUCCAUCUCCCUCUCGCGGAGUGGUGAAGACUCUGGAGGGCGUACGCCAAAGUUUCCGACUGUGAGAAUUUCGACGCGGCCGCGGGGAUCUUCCACGACUGCGUUACGGCCGUACCGGUCUAGCAAUCAUGAAGUGACAGGGAAGAGUGCGAGUAGUCUGGAGGCUUUUGGGAAGUCAUUGGAUGGGCAGGAGAAGGGCCUAAGGAGGGCGAAACAGAAAAGUUCGUAUACGAGGAAUGAUAAUGGGAGCUUUGAUUUCGAGAUGAAGGAUUAUGAGAUGUCGCAGGGGCUACCGCUGGAAGGAAAUCAAGUGGUGACGACGUUAUGA